ACGAGACCGUUAGCCCCUCCAUUCCAAAACCAACUGUCAUCUCAUCUCUCCCCCAAAAAACACACACAGCAAACACAGAGAGACAGACAGAGAUACAAAGAAACAAAGAAAGAAGAGAGAACACAUUUCCCUCUCUUCUUUCUCUCUCUACAAAUCUCCCCAACAACACAAGCUUCAAAAUAGUUUCCCACAAACAAAAACAAAAAGCCAAACUCUAAUUCCAAAAUCUCCAUUGCUGGAAAAGAAUUGCGUGUUGUCUUCCAAUCAAGAAUCUUCAUGAAAAACCCUCUAUAAAAAACAUAUAUAUAUAUAGACCCUCCAUUGAUUGAUCAUAGAGCAAUGGGCUGAAUUUGAUAAUCACAAAACCGAAUUCUGAGGCUAUAUAUAUUAUUAUGCAAGUCCUUUCGUACGACGACAGUUUUCUCCCUAGGGUUUCGGUCUCGGUCGAUUCUCAGAAUCAUCAACAACAACGUCGUCGUCGUCGUGGUCAAAAUCGUCGCGCUUCUUCGUGUUGUGGUUUCCCUAUCUCUCCCAUUUUCCGCUUUGAUGGCCUCUCCAGAGAGAUUUCUUCUUAUGACAAGCUUCCCCAGUUCCCCUUCAAACUCACCAUUCACAAACUCGAUGGCUCCUCCUUCGAUGUUGAGGUUGCCAAGACGGCAACAGUGGCGGAGAUGAAGCAGGCGGUGGAGGCUGCCUUCAGUCAUUUACCAAGUAAAGGACCUGGCAAGAUUUCAUGGUCACAUGUGUGGGGGCGAUUUUGCUUAUGCUAUGAUGGUUGGAAGCUACUUGCAGAUAGUGAACCUAUCAGCGAUUAUGGGAUCAACGAUGGAGAUCAGCUUCGUUUUGUUCGCCAUGUCUCGAUUAACUACAAUCUAACAAGGACGCGAUCGAAAUAUAAAUUGUUUGCUUCACAACAACCCAGGAUAUUGGAUGACAGCUCCGAUGAUGACCAAGAGAAUUCACAGCAGCAGUGCGAGCAGCAUUAUGAUGAUAGGGAUGAGAGCAUCAAGAGACGCUGUGAACUUAAAUUGGCUCAGUUGGUUGGAGGAUUCUUCUCAUACCGGAGACUGGGAAGUAGUAGUUCAGGAAGGAGAUCUAAGAGCAAUAACAUUUUGUCUUCAAAAUUCGCAGGUGGUUUCUUGAGGAGUUUUAGAAGUAUUGUUCGGCUUUGUAGGAGUAACAAACAAUAUUCCCAAAGAGAUCCUUUGGAAGAGGUCUAGUGAUAUACUAUCUACAUGCAUAUGCAAUAGCUCCAAAUAUGUAUAAAAUUUCCAAUAAUCACAAAGAAGUAGAUAUGCCGGAGGUUAGCUAUAAUUGAAAUGGGAUCAUGGAGGACGGUUUCCAUGUUUAGUUAGUUACUCAAAAAUGUUAUGGGAACUAUUGAUAUUGGAACAGUGAAUACACUUUUGUUCUUAUGUUAGAAUUUC